GUAGAUCUGAGAUUCAUCUCAGAUAUAAUCGGUUGCAUUGUGGCUGCUACCCGAUGUCUCCCGGGCCGGUGUGACGGACUACAGGCUCUUUCCAGCUUCGAAUACUGUAUGCCGCCGUACGCCUUCACUCGCCAAUACUUAUUUCUCCUGAGCGAGGCAAAUAUUGCUACUGCUAGCUGGCGGUCGGUAGCGCGGCUGAUACAUGGGCGUUGACUUGGUUAGGCAAGAACCUAGUAUAUAUGCAGAUGAAGAGCCCACGUAGGCUCGCGCUCCGCCUCGGCGACGCGUCCGUUGUAAAGAUAUGCAAGUAGACUCUCUUCAAGGUGACGAGCUGCGCAUUGCGAAGUCACCAGACGGGAGGUGAUUGACUCCGCGAGCAUGGAUGUCGCAACUCAGCUUAGUCUUCAAAUUCAUCCUCGUCGUCCUCCCCAUCCUCCUCCUGCUAAGCGGUAAGUGCUUGCUAAACGACGACGUCACGCGGGCAUAUGAGCACCAUUUGACGUCCUCAGACGCGAAUGUUGACGCUGGGCAGAACUUGUUGAGCAGUUUGUAUACCGGACUGUGUGACUCACUUCCACGAGACUACCCUGUUGUGUGUAGCUUCCGAAGCUGUAUCGAUUCACGGUUUCAGCUCAGAGAUGCGGCAGCAUGGAUUCACGCCACCGCUGAGAUCCUGCAGCUGACGGCCUCCUUCCCCACUGCCCAGCCCUCCGUUGGAGUCAACGACACAGAGACCACAUUGACACGGACGAAUCGAUGUGACAAACGAGCAGAACUGGAAGAGCAGAAUUCGUGAGAAGAGAUGGAGGAAGAGGUGCAUCAGAAACCCAUGCGGAGCGGGAGCAGCACGUCGGUGU